AUGUCGGCUUACGGAGCGCGCAGCCCGUUUUGUGUACCAGUGACGCCGGUAAUCGUGAUUUGCUGCGGGGUGUCUGGGAGCGGGAAGUCGACCCUCGGCGCCCGCCUCGCCGAGGCGCUGGCGUGCGAGUUCCUGGAGGGCGACGACUUCCAUCCAGACGCCAACAUCCAAAAGAUGGCCCGCGGCGUUCCGCUCACCGACGACGACCGACGCCCGUGGUUGUCAGCGUUACGCACUGGCACCAAAGAGGCCCUCCGCCGCCCGGACGCGCCCGUCGUGGUGGCCUGCUCCUGCCUCGGCCCACAGCACCGCGACGCGCUCGCGAUCGCAGAGACGCCCACCCUGUGGGUGUUCCUCCAGGGCUCCUUCGAGGACAUCCGCGAUCGGCUGGUCGCCAGGACGGGUCAUUUUAUGAGCGCUGACAUGCUGGCCUCUCAAUUCGCUGCGCUGCGGCCCCCCGAGCCGGGCGAGAUCGCCUCGCGCGGCGCGCCCGGCGCAGAACACCGCCUGCUGGUCGUUCCCGUCGCGGCGCCCGUCGACGCCGCGGUUGAGACGGUCCUACGGGAACUAAACCGCAUGUCAGACAAAACCUGA